AUGGAUCUUGUCUGUGGCCUUGAGAAUGCAUUGGAGAGUUUAGAAGGGGCACUGGAGGAAGCUCGAUGUAGGCGAGAAUUGAAGGCAAGAAUUAAUGCAGAGAAGAGUAUAUUGAAGCAUUUGAUGAGUAUGAGUGAGAGCAUUAUGGUGAUUAACCACAGAUGCCUUAAUUUGAGAUGUAGAAGUGAAGUACUUCGAGAAAGUAGCCAGAGUGAAGCUUAUGAUGAUACAGUUGAUAAGCAAAGACAGAAAGCAAAGGAAAGGGUAGUGGCACUGAUUAACACAAUCGGAUUAAGGGCAAUGAAUGGAUUUAGAAUUGUGCUUGAGAAGCAUGAAGGUGCUGAUGAUUCAAAUCUUCUGAAGAUGAAGUACGCAGAUUUGAGAGUUAAACAUUUGUUACUGAUGCUCAAAUCUAUGUCUGAACAUGAUGCGCUUGCAAGGGUUUUGCUUGUUCUAAGCCAAGGCGACUUGGAAAAUGAUAUAAGAUUUAGAAAGCUUGUUUGUGAGACUGUGUCUGAAGUAGAUAGAUUUGAUUCGCUUGAGAUGGCAAAGAUGAGUGUGCAGUUUAUGAUAUCGAGGAAAUAUGUUGAGGAUAUAAUAAGACUGAAGACUGAUCCAGUGAUUCGCAAGUAUCUUGAUAGAAAGUGCUAA